AUGUUAAGAUGGGCCGAUAGCAUCAAAGUCGAUGGCAAACGCUUCAAUCAUCCUUUUGUACAGUCGAUAUGCAUGUUUAUCGGUGAAUUUUCUUGCCUCGUAGUUUAUUUCAUGAUUUAUUUCAUUCGUCGUUACAAGUGGAGGCAGAUGGGUGUUAUAGGAGAAGAAGGUCGUAUUGAUGAUCUUAGUUCUAUAGAAGAACCGAAAUUACCUGAAGUUAAUCCGUUUAUCUUUGCGAUUCCCGCAACAUGUGACAUCAUUGCGACAUCAAUUAUGUAUAUUGGGCUUAAUCUUACUCAGGCUUCAUCUUUUCAGAUGCUUAGAGGAGCAGUCAUAAUUUUUACUGGCUUGUUCUCAGUGGCUUUCCUUGGCUCUCGUCUGCAAGGAUUCAGAUGGUUUGGUAUGGGUUUUGUAACUGUAGGAUUGGUUAUUGUUGGCGUUAGUGAUAUAAUUUUUGAUAAUAAUCCCAAAGAUGAUUUAAAUGGUAUUAUCACAGGGGAUCUGCUUAUUGUCAUGGCGCAAAUUAUUGUUGCAAUACAAAUGGUUGUUGAACAAAAAUUUCUGAAUAAAUAUGACGUGCCGCCAUUAUUGGCUGUUGGAUUAGAAGGAUUUUUUGGCUUUAUAAUCCUAGUUGCAUUGUUAUGUCCUAUGUAUUAUAUAAAAGUACCAUCAGCUUUCUCGACGAAUCCAUACCAUCGCUUAGAAGAUAUUUUCGAGGCAUUCAAGGAAAUAAAGCAAAAUAAUUUAAUAUUGUUGCCACUCUGUCUUACCAUUGUUAGCAUUGCUUUCUUCAAUUUUGCUGGAGUAACAGUGACGAAAGAGUUAUCAGCAACUACUCGAAUGGUGCUGGAUAGCGUAAGAACACUUGUUAUUUGGAUUUUUUCAAUACCGCUUUUCGGUGAAAAAUUUAUUCCCGUUCAGCUAAUCGGAUUUUUCCUGCUCAUUCUUGGAAUGUUCGUUUAUAAUGAUAUCUUAGUGGGACCCCAUAUUCGAAACCAGGUGCUUCCACGUAUGUAUGACAAUUCCUUUACAAGAUGGUCUAUGUCAUUUUGGGGCUUGGAAGAUUUUCGGCAGUCUGAUAGAGAAUCAAUAAUUAAUGAUGUUGACGAUGAUAACUAA